AUGGCCGAACGUAUCACUCAUACUACGCAGGAUUCUGCAGAGCAUCCUACACGGCGGUUAGGCAGCACCAUAGCCCAUAUGCCACAGUACCCUGUGCUGAUAUCCUUCACUCCCACAGACAUCAGACCCAACAAUGUAUUUGUGGACUAUGAUGUGAAACCUGAUGGUUCUAUCAGGGUAAACCAAGCUCAGAUCAGUGAUCUUGAGAUGGGGUUGAUGAUUUCACCGGGCUUAAAUGAGUUCUCACCAGAAAACCCAAGGAAACCAUUCUCCAUGUGGGAGGAUGUUGACGAAUACUUCCGAGAUCUCAUCACGAAGAUGACCAGCCUGGAUCCCGCCAGAGGGAUCACAGCGAGGGAGGCCCUUGGACAUCCUUGGUUUCAGAACUUUCCUCUUGCUGAAUUGGUCGCAAUCAAUCUUUUUGGUGAAGGCACAUACUCGGUAGAAAAUUUACGGAUUCCCUUCGAAACUCUCGAAGUUUAA